AUGACAUUCAGUUCGACAAUUAAGGCAUCUGUUAUUUCCGGCUCUCUCGAAGAGAAUCAAUUAGCCACUGUUAAGGAAAUUGAGCUUCCUCCUAUCAAGCCAUACCAAUUAUUGAUUAAAUCUGAAGCAUUUGCCGUUAACCCUACUGAUUGGAAACACAUUUUAUAUGGAUUAGGUAAACCUAAUAACAUCAUUGGAUCCGAUGUUAGUGGGGUUGUUGUUGAGGUAGGUUCUGAAGUUGAAGGAUUCAAAGUCGGGGAUUACGUUAAUGCUUUCGUUCGUGGUAAUACUUCUGAUACUGAAGGUGCCUGGGGUGAAUAUGCUAUCAUUAACCCUAAGGUUACUGUCAAGUAUGAUCAUGAAUUGAAGCAUACCGAAAGUAAUGAAGCUGGUCUUAUCAACUCGUUUGAAGGAGCUGCUAGUGUAGGUUUGGGUUUGGUUACUGUUGCAUUGUCAUUCUCCCAUUACUUGAACAUUGACUAUGAUCAGGCUAAGAAUAAAGACAAGCAUAUCUUGAUUUGGGGUGGUGCUGGGGCCACAGGUACCCUUGCCAUUCAAAUUGCUAAGUUGGUCUACGGAUUGAAAGUUAUUACUACUGCAUCACCAAAGAACCACAAGUACUUGAAAUCCUUAGGUGCUGACUACGUCUUUGAUUACAAUGAUGAUAAGGUUGUUGAACAAAUCAAGGAAGUUGGUAACAACAAGAUUGUUUAUGCAUUAGACACGAUUGCUUUCCCAGAAACUUUCCAAAAAGUUUAUGAUGCCACUGAAGGUGCUCCAGAAGUAUUCUUAGAUUCAUUAUUAGGGGUUGAUGGGUCAGUUAUUGAAACCAAGCAAGAAAGGGUUGUCCAUUACGGAUACACUUUAGCUUAUAAUGUCCUUGAUAAAGAAGUUGUUUUGGGUCCUGUUACCUUCAAACAAACUCCAGAAUUGUUAGCCAACUACGAAGAAUUCUGGAAACAAUAUUUACCAAAGUAUCUUGACCAAAUCAAACAUGCCAACUUGUUGAUCUUGAAGCCAGGUUUGGAAAGUGCUAAUGAAGCUUUGGAAUUACUGAAACAAGGUAAAGUUUCAGGUCAAAAGGUUGUCUUUAGAUUAUAA